AUGAAGAGCAGCACUCUCUUGGCGAUUCUAGUUCUCCAGGCCCUUCUGGUGUCUGCAGCUGUGGCCAAAGGACAAGGGCCGAAGAAGCCGUGCUGCGCCGAGUGCACCAGCUGGUCGGGGGUCUACACCUGCGACGACCUCCUUACCAAGUGCGCCGCCACCUGCAAGACCUGCGUCCCCGUGUCCACGGACAAGGGCACCCGCUACAGGUGCCGCGACUUCCUCCCCGAAGGCUGCCCCUGCAAGACCAACUGA